UCUCAUUAAUUUCAGCACGCUUCCAGCCUACUACAACUUUAGCUUUAUUAUUUCGCGGUCAUUCAGGGAGACUGGAUGUGAUGUGUUUUUUCUGGUAGAGGUUUUAAGGGAAAACAAUCUGGAUUUAAUUACUGCACAUCAACUUCAGAAAGUAUUUUGUUUCAUAAACCCUCUCGCUGGAGGACUUGGUGAUCUUUGCUCGUUCAUUUAGACUUAAGCCGUUUUCUAAAAGGGGAUCGGACACACUUGCACGUCAUCCUCGGUUCAGUGCCACUCCCAAAGGAUUAAGUUGUUGGAAUAUGGAGCAAACCCACUAAGCACAGGAGCGGGAGUCUUCUGAGUUUGUGGCCGAGUGGGUCGCCCCGUGUCCGGCCUUGCGUGUGCUGGAGAUCCCGUUAUAAUGGGAUGCGGACUACGGAAACUGGAGGACCCGGAGGACAGCAGCCCGGGGAAAAUCUACUCCACUUUAAAGAGACCACAGGUCGAGACCAAAACAGACUCCGUGUACGAGUAUGUGCUUCUGGACUUCAGUUUGGAAGGCAGUCGGCCUACGGUGCAGUAUUUAUCCUCGCUGUGCGAGCUGCCCCAUGCCCUACAGUCCUACUACACCCAAGGCUAUGUACUGGCCGCCCUGCAUCCCAUCAUCCUCUCAGUGGGCCGGACCCGCUUUCUGCCCUGCAGCCUGCUCUACCGGGCCAUUCUGGUCCGCCCACGAUCCAGUAAUCACGCAGUGCCGAUGAUUGACAGCUUGCCAGUGUUGCGAGUGGAGGAGUGGCCACUGCCCGGAGAAUCUCUGACCAGUGACACAGUGAGACUGCUCAUAGACAGGGUGAACAGCUAUGCCCGGGGUGGUGUAAGGUUUGUGGGAUCGGUGCUUCAGCAGGCUGGAGGAGGGGGGUGUAACGGUAGACUGCCCAGUCCCAGGAGGGGCUGCCGCUCCCCAUCCCGCACCCCACCUCGCACGCCGCCCGGAGAUGGGGAUCUAGAGGGCCGUGGCUACAGCCCAGACCUGAGAUUGUUGGUGCUGUUUCACUCCUGGGCUCCGGGCUGUGCCCCGCUGGACUCUCUCGCCUGCUGUUACCACCAGGGGGCGCUGUCCAUGCGCGUGUCCAGAAAGGGUCAAGUUGUCAGUGCCCUGGAAGCUGAUUGGCUGGAACUGACCGCAACUUACUACCGCAAGGGCUGGUCACUGGUCGACUCCUUCGUAUACUGGGACACACCUAAAGGUGAGCCAGUGCCCAGGUCUCUAGAGGGGCUGUUUGUCUAUGAGGAGAAAAGCACAGCGCCACCUGCCAAUGACACUAUUGUAGUAGAACAGUGGACUGUUAUAGAGGGCUCAGAUGUAAAGACCGACUAUGGUCCUCUGCUCCACACGUUAGCAGAGUUCGGCUGGCUGCUCACCUGUGUGCUGCCCACCCCAAUCAUUCGCCAUGACAGUGAAGGGAAUCUAGCCACUAAGCAAGUUGUUUUUCUGCAAAGACCUGUCAAAGGACAAUCGGUACCGCAGCACAACCAGGGAUCCGCGCGGCGAGAGGUGUCCAGUCACUCUGUGAGUCGAGGUGUGGAGGAAGCGCACACAGAGCUGUCGUCUCCAUGUUCAGGGGGGAUCGGCGGUUUCCCUGUGUUUGGAGGAGGGUAUCCCAGUGCACUCUCCCAUCUAGAUGAGGGAGGAUUUGAGCCGGACGAUGGGGCCGCAGAAGUCACCUGUAUGUGACGCACCAACUCAAAGACGUAAUUUCUUUUUAGGGUGACUGUCUUUUUAAUUUCUGUCACCCUAAAACAGAAACCUUUGAUGGUUACGAGCUGCAGCAAUGCCCUAGAAUUUACCACAUCACAAGGACAAAGAGAUUGGAAUUCUUGUAUUAGAAACAGACUCAUAGCACUUUUAACUUUUUGUAAGUUAUUUUUUUAACAAGCCAAAACAUAGAGGUCAGUUUUAUUUUACCCAUUUAUUUUUAAUUGAAAGCACAAAGUAUGUGCAAUCCUUCUCUUUUCUGACACAAAGUAUCAAAACAGCACUGAAAUUCACUGUUAUUUGCAACAGCAGUAUUUCACAGCACUCGCACAACACAAACACCACAUGUACAGUUCAUAUCACAUUUGUAGCACAAUAGCAUCACGGCAGAAACUAGAAAAAAGGCUCCAACACCUCAACAAAUCUUUUUUUCUCCUUAUCACUGAGUGUCCUUCCUCACUGUUCAUUUUCCUGUUCCUUGUUCCUUUUUUACUUCAAAUCAGCUGACAAUUGAGUUGUUUGUUCUAACACCUGCAACAGUUCAGUGUGACGAACUCAGGAACUGAGUGUCCAAACAGCCCCUCUGUAGGAUGCAGACGUUUAUUUAGUGUGCAUAUUUGGGACUUUUUUUUUUGGAAUGAUUUUUUCAGGCCUUUUGAGUCAAAACAUCAGGAAUGCUCAAUUCAGUUUGGAACACAAAUGUUUAAGGGAAAUGCAUAUGCACUGUAGGCGGGACCCCAUGAACUAGUCUGUACUAAACGCAGAACUUGAUGCUGUUGUUUGUUUAUCUGAUCUGUGCCAUUAACUUAAUGGUGCUAGAGUUGAAUUUGUAUGUUAAUCUCCUAGGAAUUUCUGCUAUCCAAAAGGGAAAGGUGAUACACUCAGAUUUGCAUGUUAAUUAAGUGGAAACUACGCAGUUUUCAUUAACUGAAAUAGGACUAUGAGCAGGGUACUUCCUCUAUACAGUUUAGUAUAAACUGACUGUAGAUUUAUCUGGCUGGAUUUUUCAUAUUGAGCUGCAAUGGUGCUGCUUGUGCCACCCUAUUCAUUUGUAUGUUGUAAAAUUUUAAGCAUUGUACUUAUGUCUUAUAUUGCCUUGACAAUGUUUAUCCCUCUUUGAGGAAUGGCAGAAUAGAGUAAGCACAUUUUAGCUUGCAAAACAGACUAUCAAGCUGCUGUAAAUGUUUUGAUACCAUGGAAAACUGAACAAGAUGUUUCUCCACUCCAGAAGCUGAGCUCAGAUAUUUAACAUUAUAUUCUAAUAAGCCAGAACUGAUCAGUAUUAUUUACCAACUGUAGUAUUUGAAUGUUUCAGACCAUUUUUUGUAAUAUUUUAUUAAAUGGGUAUUUACCUCA